ACUUGAUACUCUGUCACUCCAUUUAACCAUGGAGACAAGAGUUUGUCAUUUCUCAUGAGAUUUUUAGUGUUUCUUAUACAAGUUGAGAUCUUUCAGACGAGUCCAACAAGUGGGGUUAACGGGACAAGAGUGGCAAGAGAAGAGGGUUUGGGAGAAAAUGAACACUGUACUUUCGCCUUCAGCGUCUCUUACGUUGUCCAAAACCUAUGUUUCGUUUUGUCCCAUAGUACUUUCCAAGUCCACACACACUCAACUUCCCCGCCAAAGGGGUUCUCAAAGCAUUGGACUUCGCUGCAACUGUAGCAUCUGGCCUGGUGGCCCUGCCUCUGGUGAUAGUGACAACAGCAACAAAAGUAUCCUGGAUGCAUUUUUCUUGGGAAAAGCUGUAGCUGAAGCUCUAAAUGAGCGCAUUGAGUCCACAGUUGGUGAGUUUUUGAGCACCGUUGGAAGAUUGCAAGCUGAACAACAAAAACAAGUACAGGACUUUCAGGAAGAAGUGUUGGAAAGAGCCAAAAAAGCAAAGGAAAAAGCAGCGCGUGAAGCUAUAGAGGCACAAGGACUCAUUUCAAAGUCUGCAGUUGAGACAAAAGUUGAAGAUUCAGCUAAUUCCAAAACUUCAAAUUUUGCAACAGAUCCAGUCACUUCUGUUCAGUCUACUGAUGCAUCUGAAACAGAAACCAAACCUGCCAAUGACGAGGACCCUACUAUAAGUUCAUCAAAUGAUGACUGAUCCAUCCAUGUGUAUUUGCUUCAACUUUUGACUGCUUAAUACUGAAUUUGCUUCAUGCCUUGUGUUUCUCCAAUCUAAAUAUAUCAUCAUGUUCAAUUUACAUGUCAUAACUUUUUCAUAAUUCCAUCCUUUCUUGUGGAUU